AUGGAGAAAUGGAAUCAAACUUCCAAUGACUUCAUUUUAUUGGGCUUGUUGCCUCCUAAUCAAACUGGUCUACUUCUCCUGCUUCUUUUCAUCUUCAUGUUCUCUCUUACUUUGAUUGGGAAUUAAACCAUGAUCUCUCUCAUAUACAUGGAUUGCCGACUCCACACCCCUAUGUACUUUCUCCUCAGCCAGCUUUCUCUCACAGACCUGAUGUACAUCUCCACCACUGUGCCCAAGAUGGCGUUCAACUUCCUCUCAGGACAGAAAAGCAUCUCCUUCCUGGGCUGUGGAGCUCAAAUGUUCUUCUUCUCCAUGUUGGCAGGUUCUGAAGGCUUGUUCCUAUCCUCCAUGGCAUAUGACCGUUUUGUGGCCAUCUGCCACCCCCUCCACUAUCCCAUCCGCAUGAGUAAAGGGAUCUGUGUAAAGAUGAUCAUCGGAUCUUGGGUGUUGGGUUUCCUUAACUCCUUGGCACACAUAAUCUAUGUCCUUCACAUUCCUUACUGCAGGUCUAGAGUUAUUAAUCAUUUCUUGUGUGACAUCUCAGCCAUUUUGCCACUGGCUUGUGUGGACACUUCCAUCUAUGAGUACAUGUUUUUUGUGAGCACAAUCCUGUUUCUCCUCUUUCCUUUCCUUGGUAUCUCUGCUUCCUAUGGCAGGGUCAUUUUUGCUGUCUUCUUUAUGAGGUCAAAGGAGGGAAGGAAAAAGGCCUUCACCACAUGUUCAACACACUUAACUGUGGUGACAUUUUUCUAUGUGCCCUUUGUCUACACUUAUCUUCGGCCCAAGAAUCUCCGCUCUCCCGAAGGAGAUAAGAUUCUAGCUGUAUUCUACACCAUACUCACCCCAAUGCUCAACCCCAUAAUCUACAGCCUAAGGAACAAAGAAGUCCUGGGGGCCAUGACAAGAGUUCUAGGAAGGCUGCACAGGGUGAUAAGUACAUGUAACUCCAGGACUAGGGAAGCCGACGUCAAAGGAUUGGGCGACCAGGCCCAGCCUGAGUUAUACAGCAAAACCUUGUCAUAA